AUAAAUAAAGAACCAAAGGUUCAACCUUGAGCUUCUCCUCUCCUUCUCCCUUGCUUGACUUUGCUGGAAUUCCAUCAGAGCGAUCACCAUGGCGACCUUCGCUUCAAUCGAACUGGGUUCCAGUUCUGUUAAAAAGCCAAGAACCGGGUCGCUGAACCAGGCCCAGAUCAAGUGGCGAACCGGAGCGCAGGAGCGGAUCUACAACCGCCGGCUCAUCGAGGCGCUACGAGCCACCCGGGCGGCGACGGCGCCUGGGCCGCACGCCGUUAAGGAAGCCGCCGACUCGGCCCUGGCCAUAACGGCGCGAGGACAGUCACGGUGGAGCCGAGCGAUCCUCACGUCCCGGCUCCGCCGGCGAAAGCUUCUCGUCAAGGCCGGAGGGCGGAUCCGGCGCCGUAGACGCCCUAGACCGCCGCAAAAGCAGGAUCCAGCGGCUGUGAAGGGCGGGAGAGUGGGCGAGAGGCUUAGGGCUUUGGGAAAACUAGUUCCUGGAUGUCGGAGGCUACCGGCGCCGACGCUGUUGGAGGAGGCGGCGGACUACGUGGCCGCGCUGCAGAUGCAGGUGAAGACGAUGCGCGCGCUCGCUGAUGCGCUAUCGGCGGCGACGAUCAACUCGCCGGCGCCGGCGAUGGAGGAGGACAGCUAAGAACAAAGAUCGGUUUGGAAUCGUUGAAUAAAAUGGUGCUUUUUUUUUGUGUUUUUAAUUAAUUGCGUGUAAAUUGUUUGAGAUUGAUACUUGUACAUUGCCGCCUUUUUAAUUAAUUAAUUAAUUGUUUCUUGAAAGAAAUAAAUAAAAUAAAAUGAAAUAAAAUGGUGA